GACUAUGCUGUGCUAUCACACGUAUGGAACGGCAUCGAGCAAUCCUACCCCGGAAUCGCCCGUCUGGAGCGCGCAGGCGCCGCAGUAAACGACCCCCGUCUCUGCUUCAAAGUACGCGAGUGCCUCCGUCUCGCGCAGGUCUACCACUGCCCGUGGAUCUGGAUGGACGCUCCUUGCAUCGACAAGCGGAGCAGCGCGGAGAUUUCCGAAUCCAUCCGGUCCAUGUUCAAGUGGUAUUCGCAGUCGUCGGUCUGCUUCGCCUAUUUGGCGGACGUACCCUCCAAUUCGGGUCCGAUAGACGCCCCCGACUCCGCUUUCAGGCGCAGCAAAUACUUCUUGCGAGGUUGGACGCUCCAGGAACUCAUCGCCCCUCGCCGUGUCGUAUUUCUCGCCAAAGACUGGACAGUUCUGGGAGAGAAACGGGAGCUUGCGGGCCUUCUGGAGGAGAUCACGGGGAUCGACGCCGACGUCCUCACUUUCCGUCACUCCCUCUCUGACAUCAGUGUCGCACGCCGUCUGUCUUGGGCGUCGCGCCGCGAGACUGGCCGUCCGGAAGACAUGGCGUACUGCUUGAUGGGAUUAUUCGAUAUACACAUGCCCGUUCUGUACGGCGAAGGAGGUGCGGCGUUUGAAAGGCUGCAAGAGGCCAUUCUACAGAAGAUCUGCGACCACACACUCCUGGCUUGGGAG